UGUUUGUUCCCUCAAUUGGGUUCUCUUCUUUCUCCAUUGUUUUUACGUUGAGCGAUCGAUACACAGAGAAAUUAAGAAAAGAAAAGUAGGGUUUUUGAUGGUAAUGGAAUUGACAGAGCUCUCUUUGGCUCCAACACUUUGUGUUGUUGAUAAAAGUAGUGGCGCCAAUGGUUCCUUGUCACAAUCAGAAAACAACCCUUCUAGGAAGAGGAAGCUUUUUUCAGAUCAAAUAUUAUUCAAGUCUGGACCGGCUGCAGCUGCUAUUCAACCAAGUGUUGAUCUUCAACUUAAAGAUCGUCUUCCUUUGGAUUGGGAGCAAUGCCUUGACCUUGAAUCAGGAAGAAUGUAUUAUCUGAACAGAAAAACAUUGAGAAAGAUCUGGGAUUGGCCGGAGAACAACAAUCAGAAACUAGACCUAGAAUUGAACAUGUCAACAGUCGAUUCAAAUUGUGCAGGGGGAAGCAGUAAAUCAAAUGAUUCAAGCAAGAACAAUUCCUCAUCAAGUAGCAACAUGGUGGCAUUGGCUUGUUUAAAUUGUCAUCUUCUUGUAAUUCUAUCAAAAGCCUCUCCUUCUUGCCCUAAUUGCAAGUAUGUUCACUCUCUCCCCACUUUACAAACCCAAACGGCAAAACCCCCGGCUGCUAAUAAUAAGUCCCUUAACACCUUAAGCCUCUUGAAUUGA